AUGGACCUGCUUCGGUGCUUAGGUCCCAUCUGCUGUGGGGACAAGUCCCCCCGGGUCUCGGCGCCCCAACGCCCACAGCGGGCGCCUGUGGCCAGCCUGAGCGCGGCCAGCGUGGGCUCGCCGCGAGUGCCGCUGACGGGGCGAAAGAGGAGCUUGCUGGUGGGCAUCAACUACUUUGGAAGCUCCAAUGAACUGCAUGGAUGCGUGGCGGAUGUGCAGCGGAUGUGUUCGCUGCUGGAUCUGAUGGGCUUUCCCCAAGACCAAGCUCAACGACGCGUGCUGGUGGAUACACCGCAGUGGCCAGGGCACUUGAGACCGACCUUGAAGAACAUGAGGGAGGGCAUUGCUUGGCUCACGGCGGACGCGGAGCCGGGCGACUGCCUGUUGCUGCACUACUCGGGCCACGGCGGCCGGAUGCCACGCGAAGGAAGCGGCAGCGAGUGGCAUGAAACGCUUUGCCCAGUCGACAUGGACACUGAAGGAAUGCUUCUGGACACUGAGCUUUUCGAGACCUUGGUGCGGCCCUUGCCUGCUGGCUGCCGGCUCACUUGUAUCUUGGAUAGCUGCCACAGUGGGGGCGUCCUAGACUUGCCGUUUAUCUUCGUCGGCACUCAGGAGAAUUUGGCAUCCGCACUGGCGGGGGAAGCAGCACAGAUGGUCAUGGCCAGGAAUUGGUUGGACGAUUGGCGAUCCUGGCAGGACAGUGAUGACCCGACGAUGCUCCUGUCCGACGUGACUUCCAUGGGUAUGGACCUUUGGGGCCUCUACAGUCGCUUCCGGGAGAACCAGCAAGCGGGCGAGGGCGGCUUCCGCACUGAUGAGGCUGAGAAUCAAGGCGCUGCGGUGGCAGAGGUCAUUGCCUUCACGGGCUGUGCGUCAGAGCAGACCAGUGCGGAUGUGGGAGAUGUGCAGCAGCAAUUCCAUUUGCAAGCCGUUGAAGGGGCCUUGACCUCUGCAUUCAUCGAAGCGAUGCAGAGCUUGCUGGAAGGCAGCACCAUGACGUACGUGGAACUUUUGGAGCACUUGAGGCAACGCCUGGCAAAUGAAGGCUUUAGCCAGGUGCCUCAGCUGGCCUCCAGCUUGAUCUUGGAUCUUCAAGAGCCCUUCUCUUUGGACACGGUGCUGGUGCAGUCCAGCUCCUCCCACGCACGGGCAAGGCAUGCAGCCGUCGGACCCAAGCGCCUGAGCAGAAAGAUGGAAGGUACCACCGAAACGCUGAGUUGGGAGGGAGCUGGGCUGCAGAGUUCUGGCAAAUGCAAGUUGAACAUAGUUGAACUCCUCCCUCAGUGUUUCUAUCAAGGGGCAAACUGCUCAAGGCAAGGGAUUCUAUCACUAGACUCUAGACUAGCCUGGUUUAUUGAGUUCAUUGUUUUGGCUUUAGGGAUGUCCACUUCAACAAAACCUACCUGGUUGAAAGAAAAAGGCACAUCGCACGGUCUCCAUUUGACAUUUAGUGAUGUCCAUGAUUGA